AUGACUGUGGGUCGUCUGAACCAAACUCUGGUCACAGAGUUCAUUCUCAUGGCUUUUCCAGUCUCUCAGCAGAUGCAGAUCUUCCUCUUUCUGGUCCUGCUUUCAAUUUACCUGCUUACCCUUGCAGGUAACACAGUCAUCAUCUCAAUCAUAUGGCUCGAUCAUCGCCUCCAAACUCCUAUGUACUUCUUCCUUAGCAACCUGUCCUUCUUGGAUAUCCUCUUCACCUCUGUCAUUUCUCCUAAAAUGCUAGUCAGCCUCCUAUUGGAGAGGAAGACAGUGUCAGUCACUGCAUGCCUAUCCCAGACGUUCUUCUCCAUCUUCUUGGGCACCACUGAGUUCAUCCUGUUGGCUGUCAUGUCAUUCGAUCGCUAUGUGGCCAUUUGCAAUCCGCUACGCUACACAGUCAUAAUGAAUGGCAGGGUGUGCUUCUUGCUUGUCCUAAGCUGUUGGUUGGCAGCAUCUAUUUCUAUGCUUGGUCCCACCAUUGUGUACACCAGGCUACCUUUCUGUGGCCAAGAACUGGACCAUUUCUUCUGUGACAUCACCCCUCUCCUAAAAGCUGCCUGUGUGGACACAAGCUACCUGGAAAUGCUCGACUUUGUUCUCUCCUCCCUCGUCUUGCUGAGUUCCUUGACAUUUACUAUUGUGUCUUACACUUACAUCAUAGCUACCAUCCUGAGGAUACCCUCUGUCCAAAGGCGUCAAAAGGCCUUUUCCACCUGCGCCUCUCACAUCACUGUGGUUACUAUUGCCUAUGGGAGCUCCAUCUUCGUGUACGUCAGGCCGAAACACAGCAAUGCCUUAGCAUAUGACAAGGCAGCUUCUUUGCUUACAACUGUGGUGACUCCCCUUUUGAAUCCCUUCAUCUACAGCCUCAGGAAUGACAAAGUGAAGGAGGUCUUGACUGAUGUGGGAGCAAAGUUAAUGGGUUCUUCCAAGAAGGUCCAUUCUGAAAAGAACUGA